UGAUAUUGUCCCUAUUAAAAUAGAUUUACCUGGAGGUUUGUUUUUUUUUUUGCGGGGGGUUCUCUUGCAUUUCAGGUAUUAUUUUUGCUCAUGGUGAAAACUGGAAAGUGAUGAGAAGAUUCACUCUCACGACCUUACGGGAUUUUGGUAUGGGCAGGAGGACCAUUGAGAACAAAGUCCUGGAAGAAUGCGAUUAUCUGAUAAAGGAUUUUGAAUCCCACAAAGGAAGCGCCUUUGACACCAUGAAGAUGAUGAAUGCUGCCGUGUCCAAUGUCAUUGUGUCGAUAAUGCUCGGACACCGGUUUGAUUAUGAGGAUCCAAAGUUUCUCAGGCUUAUCCAUUUAAUUAAUGAAAGUGUCCGGCUUUCUGGGAGUCCCAUGGUUACGCUGUUUAAUAUGUUUCCCGCCCUUGGGUUCCUACCAGGAAAUCACAAGACUGUCUUUAAUAAUCUGGAAGAACUGUACUCCUUUACUCAGCAGACUUUCAUCGAACACCUGAAGGAAUUAGAUCCCAAUGACCAGAGAAGUUUCAUUGAUGCCUUUCUCAUCAGGCAGCAGGAGGAAAAAUCUAAUCCCAAUACCCAUUUCAAAAAUGAGAAUUUGCAAAGCCUUGUGAGUAAUCUGUUCACAGCUGGGAUGGAAACAACUUCCACCACACUCCGCUGGGGCCUUUUGCUUAUGAUGAAAUACCCAGCCAUUCAGAAAAAAGUCCAUGAAGAGGUUGAAAGAGUUAUAGGCUCUGCCCAGCUUCGUUAUGAACAUCGGACACAAAUGCCGUAUACGGAUGCAGUCAUCCAUGAAAUUCAGAGGUUUGCUAAUAUCCUGCCAAUGAGCUUGCCUCAUGAGACUACUGAGGAUGUCAGACUUAAUGGCUAUGUUAUUCCUAAAGGUACUUAUAUCAUCCCCUUACUGGCCUCUGUGUUGUAUGACAAGACUCAGUGGGAGAAGCCUGGAGAAUUCUAUCCUCAGCAU